GAAGUUAUAAUCAUACUGUUGGGAUGCAUGAAAGAAGCUAGGUGUUUGCCGUAUCAUACUUAAGGUUUUGCAUUUGUGCACCUCAGUUUAAAAGAUAUAUGUGGACAACAUUUAAGAGUGUUCAAAGAUGAUCUCUAAAUAUGAUUCAGGAAAAGAAACCCCAGGUGGAAGGUUCAAGAAGCUGUCCCUGAUAAAGAGAAAGCAUAGAGAAUCAAUAGGCCUUUAGGAUUGUUUUGUAGAAGUUGGCUAGUUGUGUAGUUACUCCAUUUAGAACUAGACAAGAAGUGACAGGAGCAUCAAAUUUGCCUUAGCCAUAAAGAAAGUAGAUGUAUAUUGUAUAUUCAGGGAUUAGCAGCAUCAGUGUCACCUGGCAGCUUGUUAAAAUACAGAAUCUCAGGCUCUGUGGCCCAGACCUACUGAAUUUGUGUUUUAAUAAGACCCAGGUGACUAAUAUGUACAAUAAAAUUUCAAAUGAGUUAAACCAGAAACUUUAUAAUGAUUAAGAUUUUCUAAGAGCUUUUUAAAAAACGGGAUUCUUAACCUGGAUGAAAGAUAUUUUACAUUUUUAAGUAUUUAUUUACACACUUCUUGGGAAGAAUCAAGUAGUAGAAUGAGAGCAUAAAGGGAAAUUACAUCAGCUUAAGCAAGAACACAACUAAAUAUGAAGCUGAUGAGAUUUCAAGCAAGAAAGGCAAAGUAGGAACCAUUAUGAAAACUAUGGGUUAUAAAUACAGCUUUCCUUUUCUGAGCAAGGACACCAUGCCAGCUCAGGAUAAACUUUAAACUCUAUAACAAAUCCAUUACAUUUGCCUUUAGGAGACUUUGAAGAAUUACGGUGUAGCUCCAGGCCAGAGGGGGUUCCCUACUCUGGGCAAGUUCACUUCGGAUUCAGUGAGACCGAAUAACAGCAAUGGAACAUUGGUUGGUCCAGAGAAAAGGGUGCCAGCAAUGCCUGGAUCGCCUGUGGAAGUAAAAAUACAGUCAAGAUCUUCACCCCCCACCAUGCCACCCCUCCCACCAAUAAAUCCCGGAGGACCUAGGCCAGUGUCAUUUACUCCUACAGCAUUAAGCAAUGGCAUCAAUCAUUCUCCUCCUACCCUGAAUGGUGCCCCAUCACCACCACAGAGAUUCAGCAAUGGUCCUGCUUCUUCCACAUCAUCUGCACUAACAAAUCAACAAUUGCCAGCCACUUGUGGUGCUCGGCAGCUCAGCAAGUUGAAACGCUUCCUCACCACUUUGCAACAGUUUGGCAAUGACAUCUCACCUGAGAUUGGGGAGAAGGUGCGGACUCUCGUUCUAGCGCUGGUGAACUCAACAGUUACAAUUGAAGAAUUUCAUUGCAAGCUCCAAGAGGCUACUAACUUUCCUCUUCGUCCUUUUGUGAUUCCAUUCCUUAAGGCCAACCUGCCUUUGCUGCAGCGAGAACUGCUGCACUGUGCACGGGCCGCCAAGCAGACCCCAUCUCAGUACCUGGCUCAGCAUGAACACCUCCUGCUCAACACAAGUAUUGCAUCACCUGCUGACUCUUCUGAGUUGCUCAUGGAAGUGCAUGGAAAUGGAAAGAGGCCCAGCCCAGAGAGGAGGGAAGAGAGCAGUUUUGAAAGAGACACAAUUCCUCCUGAGCCUCCUGCCAAGAGAGUGUGUACCAUCAGCCCUGCUCCUCGGCACAGUCCAGCCCUUACUGUACCCCUCAUGAAUCCUGGGGGCCAAUUCCAUCCUACUCCUCCUCCUCUUCAGCACUACACAUUGGAAGAUAUUGCAACUUCCCACCUGUAUCGUGAACCCAACAAGAUGCUAGAACACCGAGAAGUUCGUGAUAGACACCAUAAUCUGAGUCUAAAUGGAGGCUAUCAAGAUGAGUUGGUGGAUCACCGUUUGACAGAAAGGGAAUGGGCUGAUGAAUGGAAACAUCUUGAUCAUGCCCUGAAUUGCAUCAUGGAAAUGGUGGAGAAAACAAGGCGCUCCAUGGCAGUUCUGCGGCGCUGUCAGGAAUCCGAUCGUGAAGAACUCAACUACUGGAAAAGACGAUAUAAUGAAAACACAGAGAUGAGGAAAACAGGGAGUGAGUUGGUCUCCAGACAGCACAGUCCUGGGAAUGCAGAUUCUCUCAGCAAUGAUUCACAGCGGGAAUUCAGCAGUAGGCCAGGAACAGGAUACGUACCUGUGGAGUUUUGGAAGAAAACUGAAGAAGCUGUGAAUAAGGUGAAAAUUCAGGCCAUGUCAGAAGUACAGAAAGCCGUUGCUGAGGCAGAGCAAAAAGCCUUUGAAGUGAUUGCAACAGAGAGAGCUCGGAUGGAGCAAACCAUAGCGGAUGUUAAACGGCAGGCUGCAGAGGAUGCCUUCCUCGUCAUAAAUGAGCAAGAAGAGUCAACAGAGAACUGCUGGAACUGUGGCCGCAAAGCCAGCGAGACUUGCAGUGGUUGCAACAUUGCCCGGUACUGCGGCUCUUUCUGCCAGCACAAGGACUGGGAGCGGCACCACCGCCUCUGUGGCCAGAACCUGCAUGGCCAGAGUCCCCACGGCCAGAGCCGGCCUUUGCUUCCUGGAGGGAGGGGCUCCUCAGCCAGGUCCACCGACUGCAGUGUGCCAAGCCCAAACCUGGACAAGACCUCGGCAACCACCUCACGCUCCUCAACACCUGCCUCCGUGACUGCCAUCGACACCAAUGGACUCUGAGCCCCAGAUUCGCUUCCCCUGAUGAGCUUAUGGAAUCACAAGCAUAGCACGAGGCUGGCUGUUUGAACCCUGACAAGUAGCUGUUGGCUCAUCAGCAAGAAGUGGAGUGGAGGCAAGAGAAGAGCAAUCAAACACUGCGUAUGUCACAGCCUCUCCAGACACUUGCCCCAGCUUCCUGUCUAUGUCCUUGGAGGAACUAGUAUGCCAUUCUCUCUGCACACAGGCAGCUGGCUGGAGCUCCUCCUCCAUGGCUUCUUGGUUUGUUCCCAUCCCAGCUGAGGCUGGCAUGGCCAGGUCCUUUUCAGUGUAGACCAUCAGCUCCCCACACUGCCUCCUACUCCACCGUCCUCCCACAGCAGAGGCCUGGAGGCUGACAGCAGGCUGUCAGGAAGGCCCCUCUCACCCCCAGCCGCUUCUGAAGCCCCAUUUCCACCCUCAGCUGAUGCCACUGAUUGGCCCCACCAGGACUUGGGCAGGCAAAAAGCAGCACUCAGGACUCCCUCCUUAACUCUGCUGUUCAGACUUGUUAAGAUUAUCAGAAAUCACAAGAAAGAAGUCACCUCUUUAGCAAAAGCACCUGUAAUAAUAAAAAAUAAAUAAAACUUCCACCAAGCAUCACAGAUCAUUUUGGACAAGAUUUUCCAACCUGGUUUGCUACUUUAGUUUGGAACCCAUUUUUUUUCUUCCUUAUUUGAUUUUGCUUGUGCAGAAAAUAGUUUCAAGCACAUGGAUUGGUCUGAGGGAGAAUGAGACUCAAUUGUGGGUAGUUUCUUCUCUCUGAGCAUGUUGGCCAAACUAGUAUCAUCAAAUUACUGAAUGGAUGGAUCAUUUCUUAGAAAUGCAGAACCUUUGAUCACCGCUUGGCUGUUGGCACAGACUUGUUCUGUGUCACUUCGUCUCAUCCCAUGCAUGUCUAAAUCAUCAUGUGGAUCACCUUCCCAUGGUCUCUUUGGCACCUCUUAAGCCAUAGCUGUCCCAUGGGAUGGGAUGUGUGGCUAGGACUUGCCUCACCAGUCAAGGCCUGGUUAUAUCUGAGCAGCCCUCCUAGACCAAAAGAAUUCUUCAAACCUCACCAUUAUACAUACUGUGUCAGUUUUAUCAGGCGUAAAAUCUCAGUUUACCUUUUCUUGUGUUACCUAUUUGAUAUUCUCCCUAUUUGAGCUCAGGAAAGUUCUGUGAAAUGCUACAACCAUUUUGAGGGAGGCUGACCAAUUUUUCUUCCAAUCUUUAGGGAGUUUUCCAGCAGCUUACCUGGCUCUCCAAACAUGACAUCACCUGUACCCCUUCUAAAAUGUUAGAAAUUGCCACACACAUUCUCUGCCAUUCGGGUUUUGUUGGGCGCCCAAGGACCCUGACUCUCCCACUCUCCACUUCAAAGCCUCCAGCAUCCUCUUGCCCCAAGUAAUCAGUCAGGGUGAUUCUGUUGGCCCUUCUCCUGCUGGCCCUUGAAAGCCCAGCUUUAAAUGGCUAGUUUCUGUGCACUGACCAGAGUGAAAUAAAAGUUCUCAGUCCCAUGUCGGAAAGGGGUCAGCAUAGGUAGCCCUUGCAUAUAGGUGUGUCCUACUUGAACUUUUAAGUCCCUAAUUUACCUUAUCCAAGGAUUUCCUAUCUUGAAAGAAACUCAGUACAAAGCAUCUUUAAAAUACCUGAAUUUCCAUUGCGUAAAGUGUGGUAUACCCAGAGAAAGAAAACCAGACUAGUGUUACUGUAUUAAGGAGCUCCUUAAAGUGUAGCAGUUGGGGUUGUCCCUGACUUUAACAGGGAUGAAGUCAGUCUCAUAGACAGGACUUGCCUACGUUUCCUUUUGAGUUAGAUGUCCCAUGAGGAUUUCGCAAACACUAUAAAUCAGUUAAUUAUAGCAGGAGGUGGUUUCCUGGUGUCUACUGGGUCAGUCCUCAGCUCGCUGUCUUUUCCUCAGCAAGUUGAAUAAAUACCCAGGCAGGUUCUUCAAAUCUUUAGUGGCCACAGGACUAGCCAGGACAGCUCACGUUUUUCCUGGUUGGAAUAAAGAGCCAAAACUGAAAAAAUACUACUCAUCAGGGCUCAAUUACUACUUCUACAGCUAAAGUUUGCAUUUAAGGUGCAGGUGCUAGCUGACUUUUGUGGGCUGUAUUUCCCAUCAUGACAGGUUAGUUUUAAGAGUUUCUGUAAUGCUCUUCUAGACUGUUUUGCUAAUGGGCUACCUAGAGGCAAAGCUGAAAACCUGGGCAGUAUGCCAUACCAGUUCAGUGCUCAAACCUCAUUGGGUUAAUUUGGUCAAUUUCACACAUGUUGCUAGGGUAUCAGAUUUAAAGAAUCCCUUUCUUUAGCUCCCUCCUUUCUGAAAUUCCCCAGCUCUCUGGUUGUGAGGAGAGGGGGCACUGUCUUGGGGUGGCUCAAGGAGGCUGAAAGGUCAGGGGUAUGUCCUGGUUUCCUGCUUGGUUCCAUUGUCUGCUGACACCACCCCAGGUACCAGGUUGAGGGUGCAAGUUCAGGCUUCCCACAUCAUCUAGUUAGAUUGAAAAUAUCUUAAUAUAGCAGCUGAGAGGACCAGCCUUUAUGGGGAACCAAAAAAGCAGGGCUUGGAGUGGUGGUAGUGGAGGAGGUGGCAGGGCCAUCACAGGCUCUUCAGGGUUACACUAGAAACCAAAACAAGUGUGACACCUGCCUGCCCAGCCCUCAGAGCACACCUGGAGGAGUCUGGGGCUCAGCAUCACCCACCGAGGGACACUGAGUGAUGGGACAUCAUUGUCCUCUGCCCAGUGAGGAAUGGCUGCAGGAACCAGAGACAUGUAAAAGUGACCAAAAUGGGAGCUGUCUGUAAGUGUUCCAAGGGUGCCUGAGGCUGGAUCUUACUGUCUUCAGUCGUCCUUUGGAUCCCCACUGCCCACCUGUACCUGCCUUCAUGCAUAGGUGAAAGCUGACUGGGGAAGAAGUUGGUUAAUUUCACCUGCUCAAGAAUAGGCAGCCCACCUGAUGAGGUGUGAGUGCUCCACUUUGGAGGGUCCCUGAAGCUCCAGGGGGGCUCUAGCACAUCUGCUCAAGCACAGUCGUGACCCUGAGGUCACAGAGUGGAUCUGGCCUUGGACAGUGUUGAGUCAUGUAUGUCUCUGAACGGCUCUAAGUCUGAAAACGACACAUUUACCCAGCACAGGCCCAUGUCCGACAUUGGCUGCAGUGUGCCCUCUGCAGUAUAGGAUGUCCUUUGCCCAUCUGGGCCCAUUGGCCUACCAGGAGCGCCUCACUUCUUGGCAUCAAUGUGAGCAUCUUCAGCUUCUAGACAGAAAAUCUACACUUUAUUUUGUAUGGCCUUGUCCCAAAGUUGACCUGUUCCCCAGUGCCCUCACCUGCUUGCCGAGGGUAUAGACCUUGUCUGGGUAGUUCAGAAGAUAGUGCAUUUGGAGGCCCAGUGCAUUUGGUGGUUGCCAAGGUCUUGUCCAGAUGAAGCACUGUGUGGUGGUAAGGGCUUCAGAAUGAAAGCAUGAAUAACGACAGGAUGCUGUUGUCCUGGGAACUGUAGAAGAGAUUAUGGAUUGAAUAAAUCAUUUAAAAUAGAAUUCAUCUUGGAGGCUUUCUUCAGAACUGGUUUCCAGGCUCCCAGGUUAGUAGACCAAACCAACUUCCUUACGUUUUUUUUUUUUUUUUACCUAUUUACAGAAAACUGGAUGGUGUUGUAUGCUUGAACCAAAUGGAGAAGCCAGAGGCCCCUGUGCUGUUCGAGCUCAGGCCAGGUGGCCCGCUGUCGAGGAGGAGUCCAGCCUGGAAUGGGGAGGGGUGGGGCACCGGGCAGGCUCUGAACGACAGUGUCUAUAGUUCUGUGAAACCAAAACAUUGACUACCUGCCUCUCUGCCCAGGUGCACUGAGAUGCUCAUUUCCAAAGAUGAAGGUGUGGGUGACCUUUUCCAUCAUGAGCCUUGCAUCCCCACUUCCCCUCCACAGCCCCAGAGACGGUGCUGCUCCUGCAGAGCUCAUCUGGUCAGGCUCAUGACUGCCCAGUGUACACUCAUUGAUGCUUAUACCAAAUAGGGCAUGUGCGGCUGGCAGGGACAGCCCUGUCCCCACAUUGGAGUUGGCAGAGAGAAGCAGCAAUAGGCAUUAGGUGAAUGGUUGGAAGUGCUGUUUGGCUAAGAGGCCUUCAGUCCACAUUCAUGGCUUUCCAGGUUCCAGAUGAGGCUACAAAAGCUCCAUCCAUAAAGCCAAUACUGUAAAUAAGUUGAAAAUUAAGUGUGAUUUUUAAAGGCGGAUGAUGAAUGUGAAACCACCCACAGGAUGCGGUAGAGUCUGGUGUUUCUGUGCUUUGUCAUUUUAUUCGGAUAGGAACUUUUGUUACUUAACUCUGUGCAUAACUUAUUUAAUGUACUGUAUAAAUGAACCAAAACUGUUAAAUAUGUAUUUAGUUUGUUCUACUUAAAAGUAGUCAAUAAAAAGGCUAUAUUC